CAUGGCAAGAACGAUGCAACGAGUGCCUUGUGUCGCUGGAAGAACAUAGUCGAGCAAAACUCCCUCGAUUAUCGAUCGGGAUUCAACAAUCGUUGAUCGCUCGUAUCGCGCAUCUCGAUAGUCUAAAGUAUUCGUUGCGCAGACGUUUCGUGUACGAAGGAGCCGGCCAUUCAAGCACUGAACUCUUGUGGCGUGAAAUAGACACUGCGUUCGAGAGGCGCGUAUUAACCGGCGCUGUUUUAAAUUCGCACUACAUCGAACCGCGUAACUUUCUUCACGAUGCGAGAGACGUUGUGCUCGAGUAUAUACGGGGUGCAUUGGUGAAACAUAAGGCACGAAAAGUGAAUACCGCGUUUAAUAGAGAGUUUGUAGCGGGUGAUAAACGCUCGAACAAGACUAUCAGCACGAAGAACUGUGAAAUCUUCGACGCGAUCAAUCUCGAAGACUGGUACAAGCAACGCGUCGUCGAAACCACCCUAGCAUCGCUGGAAGAAUUUCAAGAACGGGAUAGCGGUUGGGCGCUGUCGCAUAUACUCGAUUUAAUUGUUAACGUGAAUAAAUAUAUGCCGUUGCAUACUGGAUGUACCACACAAUUACCACGAGAAAUACAACUAAAGAGAACUGUAAUCAACGUAUGCUCGAACGACAAUGCAUGUUUCGCGUGGUCAAUAGUGGCUGCUCUGCAUCCACUCGAAAGUCACGUAUAUCGGGUGUUACGAGCCAGGGCGAUAGCGUCGCGCGUAUGAGCCCUGCGAGUGGGUUGAAUUCAAGAAUCGGAGAAGAUACGAUUAUCUCCUAGUCCUGUUUAUUUCAAUGGAUCCAAAGAUUGGGGAUGAAGUAGAAAUCGCAGACGACUCUGACGCGAAGUCAGAUAGCUGCUGGGAAUUGGUAUCUCCCGGUAAAGGGUAACCGUUGGGAAGGUUAGGUAAAGAAUAAGAAAGAAAAGAUUGGUAUCUCCCAAUUAAGGGUAACCGUAGGAUCGGUAUCGCCCGGUAAAAGGUAACCGUUGGGAAGGUUAGGUAAGGAUUGAAUCGUAUCGUUGGAAUAUAAUACGCGUCGUGGAUAAAGCCUCACAACUAUUAAUUCUAAACAAAUAAUAACUCGAGCGGUAAAGUUAUUAUUUUGUGGGUCGUUACAGUGGUUAGGAUUGCUUAUUCCAAUGGUGAAGGUUUAAUAAUGAUUUAACAGGCCUUUUAAAGUUAACAAAUGAUUAUAUAUUCAAAACUGAAUAAUUCUAAUAAUACAAUUGUACAGUGUCGUGUUGUCGCGGUUAGUGUAUGAAUUUAAUUACCUAAUUGUUGCACAGUGUUAACGCACUGGCGAUGCGGGAGUCGAGAAUGCUUCCAUGCCAGCUGCAGAGUGCACUUCGGUAAGACCAGACUCCACAUUCCAAGGGGUAGAUAAAAUAGAUGAACGCGAGCUUCGAAAAGAACGGGUGGGCAUACGUAGCACGAGCAUCGAAAUAUCCUCAUUAUUCAACGGUGUUGAAUAUCCAGGAUAUCGAAUUCCCAAUGACAUUGAACCAAAUUAAAAAGUUUGAACACGUCAACAACAUCUCCAUCAACGUCUACACCACUGAAGAAAAGAAGGUCUACCGAUACGGCUCGCCACACAGUAGAUGGAGAGACAUGUCAAUUUGCUGUAUUUAGAAGGACCAAACGGCUUGGGACAUUUCGCGUGGAUCAAAAACUUGUCUCGCCUCGUGAGCUCACAAUUGAGUAAACAUAAACGCAGAAAAUACGUUUGCGAUAGAUGCUUGCACUACUUUAGUUCGAGUGAGAAGCUGGAAGCUCACACCGUAGAUUGCGAGAAGAUAAAUGAUUGCGCAAUUGUAUCACUAGAUGAUGAAAGCAAGUGGCUCAGCUUCAACAACUACAUCCAGAAAGAGCGACUUCCAUUUCUGGUGUACGCCGACCACCAGUGCAUUAUGGAGAAAACUGAUCGAGAAGCGCAAAGAUUCACGUACCAGCAUCAUAAAGUAUUUAGUAUUGCAUAUUAUGUUCAAUGCGCAUACGAUUCGUCCUUGUCGGUGUAUCAAUGUCGUCGUGAUGCGAAUCGUGUUUCCUGGUUCGUCGAAGAAUUAAAGAAUUUGGCACAUUUUGUUAAAUCAAUUUGAUCGAAUAACAUACAAAUGGAUAAUUUACCGAGCGAA